UGGCAUCCAGCACGGUGGCAGCAUCUGCAGCUGCGGGGGUCGGCCCCCGCAGCGCCCCAGCUCCCAGCAACAGGCUACAGCGCCCCAGCGCGGCAGCGGCGCUGGCCGGGGGCAGGCGGCGGGCCAGGCAGCAGCAGCAGACCAGGCUCAGAGUGCGGGCCACCGCAGCCGAGGUGGAGGAGGCUCCCCUGUCGGAGGAUGAGAAGAUUGCCAAAAUGCUGGCCAAGCCUUACAAGUAUGGCUUCAAGACCAUCAUUGAGACGGAGCAGUUCCCCAAGGGCCUCAGCGAGGACGUGGUGCGCGCCAUCUCGGCCAAGAAGGAGGAGCCCGAGUGGAUGCUGGACUUUCGGCUCAAGGCGUACCGCAAGUGGCUGACCAUGGAGGAGCCCAACUGGAGCGACAACCGCUACCCGCGCAUCGACUACCAGGACCUCUCCUACUACUCCGCCCCCAAGGUGGUGGACAAGAAGACGAGCCUGGAUGAGGUGGACCCCGAGCUGCUGGCCACCUUUGACAAGCUGGGCAUCCCGCUGAACGAGCAGAAGCGGCUGGCCAAUGUGGCUGUGGACGCCGUGUUCGACUCCGUCUCCAUCGCCACCACGUUCAAGGAGGAGCUGGGCAAGGCGGGCGUCAUCUUCUGCAGCAUCAGCGAGGCGGUCAAGGAGUAUCCCGACCUCGUGCGCAAGUACCUGGGCAGCGUGGUCCCCGUGGCCGACAACUACUUUGCCGCCCUCAACGCCGCCGUCUUCUCCGACGGCUCCUUUGUGUACAUCCCCAAGGGCGUGCGCUCACCCAUGGAGCUCUCCACCUACUUCCGCAUCAACGCCUCCGAGACGGGGCAGUUUGAGCGCACGCUGAUUGUGGCGGAGGAGGGGGCGUAUGUGUCGUACCUGGAGGGCUGCACCGCGCCCGCCUACGACGAGAACCAGCUGCACGCGGCGGUGGUGGAGCUGAGCGCGGCCAAGGACGCGGAGAUCAAGUAUUCGACCGUGCAGAACUGGUGGGGGUAUGCGGGCGACGCGGAGGGGCGCGGCGGCAUCUACAACUUUGUCACCAAGCGUGGCAUCUGCCUGGGCGAACGCUCCAAGAUCUCCUGGACGCAGGUGGAGACGGGCAGCGCCAUCACGUGGAAGUACCCCAGCGUGGUGCUCAAGGGCGACCACAGCGUGGGCGAGUUCUACUCGGUGGCGCUCACCAACAACCGCCAGCAGGCGGACACGGGCACCAAGAUGAUCCACGUGGGCAAGGGCACGCGGUCGCGCAUCGUGUCCAAGGGCAUCUCCGCCGGCCACUCGGUCAACGCGUACCGAGGGCUGGUGCAGGUGCAGCCCACGGCGGCGGGCGCACGCAACUACUCCCAGUGCGACUCCAUGCUCAUCGGCGACCAGGCGGGGGCCAACACCUAUCCCUACAUCCAGGCAGGCGGGGGCGCGGCCGCGGGGAGCGGGCAGGGCGCGCGCGUGGAGCACGAGGCCUCCACCUCCAAGAUCGGCGAGGACCAGCUCUUCUACUUCCUGCAGCGCGGCAUCGACGCCGAGGACGCGGUGGGCAUGAUCAUUUCGGGCUUCUGCCGCGACGUGUUCAACGAGCUGCCGCUGGAGUUUGCGGCAGAGGUGAACGCGCUCAUGUCGCUCAAGCUGGAGGGCAGCGUGGGGUGAGGCGCUGCAGCAGGGCUGGCGGCUCGCCAGGCCUCGCGGCGCCCUGACGCGCCGCCGCCAGGCGGCGCCCUUCCUGCCCCAAUAAGCAGCAGCAGCUUGCGCGCCAACUCCCGUGCGUGUUAUACCCCAUACCUAGCGCCCCCCUCCCCGAGUAAAUGAACCCAUUCCAGAGCGCAUUUCAUUUUCGGCUUCCCUGUUCCUUGCUGACCCGCGCGUCCGUCUGCGCCGCGCGCCCCGCACCGUGCUCGCCUCCCCGCCUGCUUCCCCAGAGGCGCACAUCCGCCUGACAUCACCCGCUGCACCGCAGGGGCCUGCCGCUGCGGCCAUUCCCAACGCCUGCCCCCUCCACCACCCCUCGUACCUUUUUUCCCGCCAGUGCCGCCCCCUCUAUUCCCUCCCAGGGGUCAGGGAUGGAUGUAAGAAUGCAAGCAG